AUGGCUACCACGCAGGGAUUUGCUCCAUCGAGAGAACAAUGCUCAACUCAGGAUCAGCUCCAAACAACAGACGUACACGGACUGGUAGACGAUGCAGUUGAAAAGAUUUCUGGCGAUACGGAGUUUAAGGACGAAAUCCCUCCACUUGGAUUUAUCUCAAUUGAAGUCAUUUUGCACAGACCCCCUGGGGAUCCUUUCAAUGAAAAAACAUGGCCGUUUCCGUUGAUCCGUGAGAAGGUGGCUGGCUCAUCAGAGGCGCAAGUUGUGUGCUCCGGACCAUAUGACGAUUCCUUCAUCGACAGAUUCGUUGAAGCUGGCCAGAGACUUGCGAAGCGUGGUGCGGUUGGUAUAAUCACGAGUUGCGGUUUCCUGGCUAUGGCACAAACAGAUCUUGCUGCUCAACUCCCUAUACCCAUUGCUACGUCUGCAUUAAUUCAAAUUCCGUCAAUACUAGCUGUCCUCCCUCCAGCACGCAGUGUUGGCAUCCUAACUUUCGAUGAUACGCGACUCGGUCCUCUUCAUCUCGCCAAACUAAAUAUACCUGCGGCUAGAUGUCACAUACGUGGUGCUCCGGAAGGCGGCCUUCUGCAGAGUCAUAUCCGUCAAGGUGUUGAAUAUGUCCACCAUGCAAUAUGCGAAGAACUAGUAACUGCGGCUCAGAAUCUAGUAGCUGAGCACCCUGAUAUUGCAGUUCUCUGCCUGGAGUGCACACAGAUGCCCCCUUUCUCAGAAGCUAUCCAGCAGGCGCUUCAACUUCCCGUCACAACCUACCGCGUAUCCUACUCGUCUCCCCGCAAGUCUAAGCCACUGGCUGCAAGUGAUGAAUGGGUCAGUUGGCGAAAUAUGGAACCUAAACCCACUGGUACCGUUUUCUUACCCGCAGCCAAGGAACCAACUCUAUGGCGGCUCUAA